AUAUACAUUUGGGGGAAGAACUAUACAUAUACACACACAAAGACCGAUAUCCUCCAUUAACAUUUUCUCGUCUAGCUCUCUGUAAGGCCAGAGAGAAGCGACGUCGUUUAGUCAUGAUCGAAUACGUUUCAAGCUGGUUCACUCCCACUGUUCUCUUCUGCGUUAUCAACCUCGUCAUAGGAACUAUACUGUUAUCUUCCAGUUUAAAGCCUCAGAAGAAACAGCAUCAACUCGGUGACGACAACUCAGUGCCGCAACUCGCCCGAGUCCCGUCUCUGAUUCAGCGAGUCAGGUCCUUCAACUACUCGUUCCGGCAAGAGCACGACCCGUUUUCGUAUGCCCAAAACACGCCCUCACUCUCCCGUGCACCUUCUCCGCUCGAACGGUUCAGUGCCGUCAAUUUCUCGUUCUCUCGCUCGGACCAUCCCGGCGAUUUUCCGGCGAAUACCCACCACGCAGAUCUGCCGGAAAAUGAGACCCAGAUAACCCGAGCACCGUCUCUGCUUGAACGUGUUAUGUCGUUUUCUCGGUCCCGACAACCCGACCCGUUCCCAUCUAACUCCUCGUUCUCUCGCUCGGACAAUCCCGGCGAUUUUCCGGCGAAUACCCACCACGCAGAUCCGCCGGAAGACGAGACCCAUAUAACCCGAUCACCGUCUCUGCUGCAACGUGUUAAGUCCAUUAACUUGUCAUUUUCUCGGUCCCGACAACCCGACCCGUUUCCAUCUACGACCCAUUUCACGGAAUUGCAGACCCAGAAGGUUGAGGUUGAAGAAGAAGAGAGAGAUUCGGGGGCCGUUAUGAGUCACGCGAGGAGAACAAAGUCAGCCACGUGCGCCGAGAUUCCCGCGAAGAAGAAGAAAAUGGGGAAGUCGGCGAGCGAGAAGAUGGAGGCGGAGGAGACGCAAGAGGAAGUGGAUCGGCGGCGGCCGGCGACGGUAAGAGAGAAGAAGACGGCGUACGAGGAAGACGACGAGGCGGUGGACGAGAAAGCCGACGACUUCAUUAACAGGUUUAAGCAGCAGCUAAAGUUACAGAGGCUGGACUCUCUCCUCAGGUACAAGGAAACCCUGCACAGGAGAAUGGGAAACUAGGGAGUUGUACUUCCUGGACCAACUUGCCCAUGGCUGCCCAAAUCUUCUGUCGUAUAUGCAUGGGUAUUCUGGUAAUUUUCAGGUGAAAUUCCCACUGCCUGCAAAACAGUGGGAGGGCUCUGGAAACAGUGGUGGUUUUGUUUUCUUGUUUUUGUUUUCUGGUCUUUAGUUGUAGGGUAUUAUGUUUUGCUUAGGUAAAUUUCUCCAGUUGAAUAAUAGUGGCAGUUUACCACGGUGAAUCCCGGCAUGAAAAAAAAUAAUUAUUUGUGUACUAAAUUUAUAUUCGAAUAUAAUGUAUAUUUUUAAUAUAUUAAAAAUAUAUUAUUUAUGUA